AUGCAAGCGACGGAGUCCGAACGCGUUAAAGAGCUGGAAACGGCAAUCGCCCUACGCAAGAAGGAGAAGGAGGAGCUUGAGCGAAAGAAGGCGCUACUUCAAUCGGAGGCCCUGGAUCCGGAUGCGGGGCCGCGGAUCGAUGCCCUUUUGGACUCUUUUCCCGUUCUCGAGCACUACGUCGCGGGGGCCCGAAAGUCCAUCCAGGACAUCCCCGUCGAGCAGGUGGUACAUGUGCUUUCGCAGCUCCAGAUCGCGGAGCGGGCGAUUAUCAAGCAGAACGCCAACGACGCCGCUGAGGUCAAAGGCCUUCAGCGAAGCUUUGAGAAGCAGCAAAGCAAACACACGGCGCUUUCCGCCAAGAUCCAAGAGCUUUCGGCCUCCCUCAAACUCAGCCGGAUCGCCGAGGGUCGGCAGCCGCCCCAAGUUAUACCGCCUUUAGUGGAAUUAAAGGCGCGAAAGAAGCUCAUUCAGCGGGAAAUUCGCGCAGGGAAUGUGGUUCGCGAAAAGAAAGGGAACGCGAUUCACAAGCUGUCGGAGAUGGUAGCGAAUCACCGAUCCGUCAUCGACGAGAUUGACGAGCUUUACAACCAACUGCGCGUGCUCGAUAACGAAUGCGCGGUUGAGAUGGAGCGAAUUGAGUGCCUUAGCGCCGAGGUGGAGGAGGCGGAGUCGUAUUUGGAGCGCAAACGACAGGCGACGGACCCCGUUUCCUGUUUGUUGGUGAAGCAAAACGUCAUUGAGCUCAAAACAGGGAAAAACGAGGUCACGAACCUGCAGCGCAUCCCACAGGAGCGCGUCGUGAAGGCGCAGGAUUACCGAUUGGCCCAACUGGAACGGCGACUCAAGGCGAUCGAAACAACCCUCCAAAACAACCACCUAAAACGGGACGUCGACAAGAUAUUGACUAGGAAAUGGCUCGCCAACACGAUCGCCGUUUCGGAGGAUCCCAAGGAUUUCUAUGAUAUCGAGCAAAUUAUCCCCGCACAGGAAAAAAUACACCCUGGGGUUUAUAACCUCUUUCUGAGCGAAAAGGAGAAGAUGGCGCGCACGGUAAGCCUGUUAAACAUUGGUACAAAGGAAAAAGAAGAGGUCAUCGCGUCCCAGGUCUGUAAGUUGGAGGCGUUAUGCCGUGAGUUCAACAUGAUAAUAGAGGAAUUGGAUGAGCUAACUGCCAACACUACCCAUAUUGAGGAGGAAGAACGAAAACGGGCACUCGCGUUUAUUCAAGAACAACGAUCCUAUAUAUACAAUCUUAUAUGCGAGAAGAAAAAGUACUUGAGCAAUUCGGCAAAACGGUAA